AUGACAAAAAAGAGAAAGUCUCGAGCCAGGAAAUCUAGUGUUUCGAACGAGGUUUCGAAGUCACAGACGUCGCCGGCAGACCAUGAAUUAAGUCCUACUUCGCAAGCCAAUCAAGUAGAGUCUGAGGAAGAACAGUCAGACAAUGCAAACGUUUUAGAAUCUCAAAAUUCACCUGUAUUUGUGAGGGAUAACAAUGUCGAUCAGUCCGAAAAUACGACGGAUGUUGUUCAAUUGCAAAGCCCAUUAUCUGUCGCUUCUGGCGAGGCUACGACGAGUUUUGCUUCAAGAGAAGGGCAAAUAGAUCAAGAACAAAGACAGCUUGAGGUGGGUCUGUGUCAAAUUGCUUCUUUUUCGAAGAAAAACCCAGUUUUAUCGCCUUUAGCAGCUGUUUUUGAGUCUAACAUUAAUAAAAUUCGCGAUAAAAACACGGAAAAUUUAUCGACACGCGUGGGCGCCACGCAAAGUAUUUCCGCGCGUGAUAAUAUUCGUGAAGCGAACACGGUCGAACAAACACGCGUGAAACCCACGCGCAGCGAUCCCGCGAGGGAAAAUAACGCUCGGUUAGUGAAUUAUGAGGAAAAUGGGGCUGGGGCAUCGAGUUCAUUUGAUUCAAUGUGGGCAGAAAGAUGGCGCGAACUGGAAGAAAUAGAAAACGCGCGUAGAAAGGAACUAGAUAAACAAAUGCAUGAUGCAAAACUUAAAUUAGAAAUGGAAAUGAAUCGAGCUAAAGCAGAGCAUGAAAUACUAGUGAAGCGAAGGGAAAUAGAGCGACAACAAGCCGAAUUACGUCAGUUAGAAGAAAUGUAUGGUGCUAGUACCAGGCCCCUACAAAGAGAUAAGGAUAGCAGAAGUGACAAUGGCAAU